AGGUAUUUUUAUAAACCUAUGUUUUAAUCCGCAUCCCASAGUUCUUUUCGUGCUUGGGUACAGGUGUUUUUAUUUCAAGUCAUUAAAGUCGGUUUCCAAGGAAAACUGACUACGAUUAUAAAUGAAGCUUCUCCUACGUCAUUGAUUAUUAAUUCCCUACCUUGCCUUGAUGAAAAAAACACUUCAUGGCCGACAGAGUUGAUCGUGUAACUGGAGGCUUCGAGGUUGAGUUUCUCCAGCCUUUACCAGAAGAAUACGAGUGCCCGAUUUGUCAACUUGCAUUUAGAGACCCUAUACAAAUAGAAGACUGCGGGCAUCGUUUUUGCCAAUCAUGCCUUCAAGAGUUAAGACGAAGRCAGGGAAGCCCUGUUUUGUGUCCAAUGGAUCGAAAACCAAUCGCUUCAACUAAGGUGUUUUUGGAUAAAGCUGCAAGACGAGCAAUACUUAGUCUUGGCGUCAAAUGUAUCAACUGGAAGAGAAAGUGUGACUGGACUGGUGAACUAAGCUCCAUCGAGGAACACACAAAGAACUGUGCUUACGAAGACGUCAACUGCACCAACCCAGAAUGCAAUGAGGUCAUGUCAAGAAAGAGCCUGCAAUAUCAUUUAGUCAGCAAAUGUAAAUGGAGAGUAGUAUCAUGUCAUUUUUGUUCAGAAAUGUAUACGUAUAAAGACGGAAAGGUUCAUAUGAAAAGCUGUAAACGUCUCCCAAUGGAAUGUAUCAAUAAAUGUGGUGCGAAAGACAUCCCUAGGGAAGAGAUGCCGUUUCACCUAGGGGAAUGUCCACUUGCUGUUCAUCCUUGUGUCUAUAGGGAUAUUGGCUGUCCUUUCAAGGGAAAGAGAGAUGCUCUUGAGGAACACUACCGCUGUGCAGUACAUACCCACUUGAAUAUGGCCUGUCAUAAGAUACGAGAGAAUGAGAGCCGUAGUUUGUGUACGAACGGUACCUUCAUAUGGAAAAUUACAAACUAUAAACAACAAUUUGAACAAGCUGUAGCAACUCCCGACGAACUUGCGAUAUUCAGCCCGCCAUUUUAUACUUCGCAGUACGGUUAUAAACUCCGACUGAAAGCUUACCUCAACGGGCGUGACCGGGGCAAGGGAUCGCACCUUUCUCUGUACAUAAUUAUCAUGAAAGGCGAUUACGAUGCUCUUCUCGAAUGGCCUUUCAAACAAAAAAUAACGUUUUAUCUUAUUGAUCAAAGCGAUCAAAGUAACCACAGAACUCAUCAAUUGAGCCCAAACCGGUCGUUACCGAACAUUAAGGUCGUUUUUAACCGACCGACCGUAAAGGAGAACCUUGGAAUUGGAAAUCCUUGCUUUGUGCCCCAUGAAGCAUUGAGUACAGGUGACUAUGUUAAAGACGAUACUAUCUUUAUUAAAGCAGUCGUCGAGCCUGGAAAAACUGCAUCUUGAAUGGAGCUUGUAUGAUAURCGGAAGCGGUGUGUAGGGUUAGAAGUAUCGCCUAUGAGCAAAGCUCUUGCUCAAUGGUAAAGCAAGAUUAUGAAGAAGAAUKUAGAUCCAACAAAKUAMAUUUAUUUUCUCGCCGAGUUGGUCAGAUCAACUGACUGUUUGCGUUCAAGAAAUGAGAYCAAAUCACAGGUCCAACUUACGCAAAGAAAAACAAAUUACCAUAAGGAUUUGUCAAACGUACACGAAGUAUAAAGCAAAACGAGGCAAACUGUCGCUUUGUUGACAACAUUUCCCAGCCUCACUUUGAAUYUCGCACACAAAAAGACAUAAGUAAAAAGAAAUAUGAAAAGCAAUGAAAAUACGAGACUCCAACACAACCGAUCCACUUUUUAAGAAAAGGYAUUGGAGCACAACAAUUUACAAACUUGAUGCGAACGAACCAGAAAGAACAAUAAAAGUCGAAUAA